AUGAUGAAUAGAAGGCUAAGGCUGCGGCUGCCCGUCCUACUGACUGUGGCGGUAUUGAUCUUUGCGUUGGUCGGCCAUUGCAGAGGCUCGAGAACUACAAUAAAUGCCUUCAAAAUCAGACACAAAGGGCAAUAUGGUCAUUAUCCAGCCGACGGCCAUAGUUUCUUUAACUUGAUGCCCAAGAGACGGGUGCCGACUUCCGCUCCCUCCAGAAAACAUAAUGACCUUGGCCUUCAGCACAAAAAAAUAGAGACUAAUGACUACCAAUUAUUUCAGCAAAAUUAUAAUGUGCUGAUCAAAGCCCUUCAAGUUGCUUGUGGCUACUCGAAAAAGAGAGAGAAACAAAAUAAGAAUUAA